AUGAGCGUCCCGACUCAUAUCAUCGACCCUGAUGGUGAGGUGAUCAUUGUGCUGAGCAAUGCAAAUGCGCCGUUUGCCCAGCCAGAUGAACAUACAGACUUUGCGUAUCCUGCCGAAGAGCCAGCUGCACAGUUUGACAAUGAACCACCUCCCGCAGAGCCGCCCGCUGCAAUUCCAGAUGAGCACCUUGUUCAGAGCAAAGCUGAGAUUGAAUCCGUUUCGGAAGCGCAUGACGAGGGCCCCUUCCGCAUCCAAGUCUCCGCGAAGCAUUUGAUGCUUGCAUCUCCGUAUUUCAAAGAGAGCCUUAGUGGGCGUUGGAAGGAGAGCGUCGGCUUUUUGGAGAAAGGCUCGGGCGAGAUCCCCGCGACAAACUGGGACAUCGAGGCAUUUAUAAUACUACUCCGUGCUAUCCAUGGUCAGCACUAUCACAUACCCCGGAAGUUGACCCUGGAAAUGCUCGCCAAGGUAGCUGAGCUGACAGACUACUACCAGUGUAGAGAGACCGUGUCCAUCUGGGAGGAUAUCUGGGUCCGUGGUCUGGAGGAAACAAUGCCCGAGACAUACUGCCGAGACCUCUUCCUUUGGAUCUGGGUGUCGUACUUUUUCAACAUGCGGGAUAGCUUAAGGGAGGCCACUUCUAGGGCCAUGUCACUGGGCGAAGGGCGGAUGGGCAAUUUAGGGCUCAUCCCUGAUCGAGUUAUCAAUGCAAUGAUUUACAUCCGAUGCGCUUCAAUUGAGCGCGUGCUCGACAAGCUUUAUCACACCCAAGAGGCGCUCCUAAGUGGCUCCCGUGGUUGCGACUUUGAAUGCAGCUCGAUGAUGUAUGGGGCACUUACAAGGGAGAUGCGGUCCGCCAGUCUUCUAUCUCCCAGGCCGGCCCCUCCUUUUGACGAGAUAUCAUACAAGACCCUUGUGAAGAAGAUACUGGCCUUCAGAUCACCAUCAUGGACCGGUUGGUCGUCUUCAGCCUAUUUGGGCUACGGCAACUCCCCCCACAGCUGUUCGACAUCCAACUUCAACAAAAUCUUCAGCGGCAUGAAUGAUGCCAUCGAAGGGUUGAAGGUUUCAGUGUAUAACCAAUGA